UUUAUUUUGUUGCAUAUUGCUGUAUCCGUCCAUUUCUUUGUUCUUCCAAUUUGAUGCAUUUCGAAAAUCGUGUCGUAGAUAUCAGAAAGUAAUGAAAAAGAUAAUUAUAUUUUUAUGGCCUUGUUUGGAUAGUGUUAUAAAAUUUUACUUGUGCAUUGAACACCCGGUUACAACUUUAGAUUGAUAACAUUGUAAAUAAUACACAAUGAAUAAGUCAAGAUUUUCUAUGUUAGUGCUGGAACCUGGUGAGAUUUACUUUGAAGAUUUCUCAUGUAUAAUGAACACUCAAAACUCAAGAACAGCAGGCAACAUUAGAACUGGUCAUCUGAAACUUUGUUCUAAAUCCCUUGUAUUUGAACCAAUAGAAUGGGCUCAUCCUCUUACAAAAUUACAUUUUAAAGAUUGCACAGAUAUUAGCAUUGUUGAGCAAACACAUGAAAGUGAUACAAAAAAUGUGAUCAAAUUGACAAUAAAACAAUAUUCAGAAAUGUUAGAGGAAAAUAUAAUUGCACCUUAUAAAUUUAAAUAUGAAAAACAAGAUUUCUAUUUCUUCUUUGAUUUUGCAUCUGCGGAAGAGUGUUUGAGUCAAAUGCAACAAUUACAGAGAGCUUCUACAUUACAUGCACCAGAACAUAACAGUAUGGUGGCGACAAUAUUACAUUCCCGCUAUAUGAGGAUGCUGUUUGACCCUGUUAUGAUGGAUGACUUCACCGAGGAGAUCAUAUGUGAAAUGCAAGCUGAAAAAAUAUCACCACUUGUGAGACAUCAAGGAAAAUUAGCAUUGACUCCAACUACUUUAUACUUCCAACCUUUUAGUAAUAUUGAAUGUAGUCCAAUAUUUAAACUGAAGUUGGAUGAGAUGAGGAAAAUGUACAAAAGAAGAUUUUUACUAAGGCAAGUUGGUCUUGAAAUAUAUGGCGGGGAAGAAAAAUCAAUGUCACAUAUUUAUCUUACAUUUCCAUCGGAGAAGCACAGAGAUAGGAUAUAUGAAAUUCUAGAACAAUCUCCAAAUGUGAAACUAGAACGACAGCAUGUUGAAGAGAUGACGCUGCAGUGGCAAAAUGGAAUUGUCUCUAAUUAUGAUUAUUUGAUGUAUCUUAACUGUCUUGCAGAUCGAAGUAAAAAUGAUCUAACACAAUAUCCAGUGUUCCCUUGGGUGGUUGCUGAUUAUACAUCAGAGAAAUUGGACUUGACCAAUGCGGAUAUUUUCCGUGACUUGUCCAAGCCAAUGGGUGCAUUGAACCCCGAACGUUUGGAUAAAUUAAAAGAGAGAUACAAUGAAAUGAGUGACCCAAAGUUUUUAUAUGGAUCACAUUAUUCAGCGCCCGGACUUGUGUUAUUUUAUCUUGUUAGAAAAUAUCCUAGAUACAUGUUGUGUCUACAGAACGGGAAAUUUGACCAUCCGGAUAGAAUGUUUAAUUCUGUAAAAGAUGUCUACAAUAAUUGUUUAAGAAACAUGUCCGAUUUUAAGGAACUAGUGCCAGAAUUCUAUGAUACAAGUGAUAAGGGUGAUUUCUUAGUGAAUAAAUUUGAGAUAGACUUUGGGGAGCGACACGACGGCUCUGUAGUGCAGGACGUGUCGCUGCCGCGCUGGGCCGCCGCGCCACAGGACUUCGUGUCAAUACUACGCGACGCUCUCGAAUCAGAUUAUGUAUCUAGACAUUUACAUUUAUGGAUCGAUCUCAUUUUCGGCUACAAACAAAGAGGCGAAGAAGCUGUGAAAGCUAAUAAUGUAUUCCAUCACGUAUGCUACGAGGGUUCCGUAGAUCUAGAAUGUGUGUACGACAUGAACGACAGACAUGCGCUAGAAGUACAGAUAAUGGAGUUUGGUCAAGUGCCUAAGCAGUUGUUCACAAAGCCACACGUCAGAAAAGUGACACAGAGUAUACAAAUACCGUUGUCUCAUGUCGAUGAAACACCACAGAGAAUAGAAUGUAUAGAAACAAUAAAGUUGCAUAAAGAGGCUGUGACUUCCGUAGCUCGUGUAGGAAAUAAAAUUAUAUCUGUGGGUAAAGAUGGAGCGUUGAAAGUGUACGAUUUGUCGCAAGGCAAGCAGAUGCGAAGUGUAGUGUUGUGUUCUACGCCGCUGAGUUGUUGUGUGAUGGUGGAUGAUAAUACCGUCGCUGCUGGCUCGUGGGAUAAUGAAAUAUAUUUAUACAAUGUAGAAUAUGGAAGGGUUGUAGAGAGUUUUCGGGCGCACGACGAUUCUGUCAGCUGUUUACUCUGGAUUACUAAAGAACAUUUAUUGAUAUCCGGUGGAUGGGACGGCGUGGUGCGCGUGUGGGGCAACGUGGGCAAGACGGGGCAGGCGCUGCGCGGACUGCAGGCGGAAUUAGACCAUGAUGGGAAGAUCACCACACUCACAUACAGAUACCGUGGCGCAGAGUUGGAUGUGCUGGCGGGCAGCGUGGAGGGCGAGGUGUUCAUCUGGGAGCUGCGGCGGCGGCAGCUGAGCAGCAAGGUGCGCGUGCACGCCGCGCCCCUCGCCGCACUCUCCCUCGUACUGUCCGGGGACAGGAUCGUCACCUCCACUGACGAUGGACACUUGUAUGUCACUGAUCUAGGAGUUUACCACUCGGUGUACCACAAGCAGCUGCGGUGUGCGGCGACGGCGCUGCGCUGGGAGGCGGCGGGCGGCCGCGCGCUGUGGCUGGGCGACCGCGCCGGACACCUCAUGCUGUGGGACAUGCUCGCCGUCGCGCAGCUGCAGCAAAUACACGCUCAUACUGGGUCUAUCACAUGGAUUUGUCUCGAUGUGGAGUCCAAUACUCUGGUCACAGCCAGUGAGGACAAAACCGUAAAGAUCUGGCGAUUGUCGAAUAGCUCUUGACAUUGUAUUUCGUUUUAUUAUGUAGUAUUACUUAUUGAUAGUCUUGUAAUUUUAAGGAUAUAAUGCAAAACGAAUUAUCUUGUUAGAAAUGACAAUAAAGUAUUAUUAUUUUAA